CUCUAAGUAAUUCCAGGACACUGUCAAAAUGGCACCUAAUACUACGCCCCGGGACCGCCGACCUAUAGUCAUAUCCAGUCCCUCAGGCGUCGGCAAAGGAACACUCUCCCAGAAACUCCUUGACUCACACCCUGGCACCUUCACAUUUAGCGUAUCCCGCACCACGCGUAACCCACGCCCGGGUGAAGUCGAGGGAGUGAACUACUACUUCGUCCCCCUUGAUGCUUUUUCCUAUCUUGUCUCUCAACAUGCAUUCGUCGAACACGAAGUUUUUGGUGGCCAUCAAUACGGAACUAGCAAACAGACUAUCACAGACCAGACGGCAAAAGGACUGAUAGUUGUACUGGAUAUUGAUAUGAAUGGCGUCAAAAAUUUGAAGGCAGACUCUGGUAUUGAUGCACGCUAUGUCUUUAUCAAACCGUCAAGCUUUGAGGAACUCGAGACGCGACUUAGGGCUAGGAUUGAGCUGGAGUAUGCGAACACGCCGGGCGUCUAUGAUAAAAUCAUUGUCAAUGAUGAUCUUGAGAGGGCAUAUAAGGAAUUUGAAGGGUUUGUGUAUAGGCCAAUGUCCUAG